AUCAUUUGGUUUGUGAUGUAAACAUAGUGCGGUAACAUAUCGGAGAUGUGCUCAAUCGCAGUUAAUUGCGGCUAAAAUGUUUCGAUAGCGUGAACGAAGUUGUUUUCUUGUCGAUUAGUUUAAUUAAAAAAAAACACAAAUUAAAUAAUAAGUAGCUUUCUUUACUUCAAUUCCAUUAUUGCGGUGCUUGACUGUAUCGUAGCUCGACAUCGCAUCGAAAAUGUUCCGUUUUUUACUAAUCAAUUCGCCGCGUGCUGCCGUCCGUCGUCGGGCUUUUCCGAUUGGUAUUGAAUCUUUCCACACAAGUCCACCAACAUCGGCAGGUCAUUCGAAGUGGCAGAACAUUCGUCACAUAAAGGCCUUAAACGAUGGACGGAAGUCACUUCUGUUCAUCAAGCUUGCCCGGCAAAUACGACUAGCUAUCCAAGCUAAAGGACCAAAUCCGGCGUUAAACACAACCCUGCGAUCCGUUAUCGAGGAGGCAACGAAGAAGAAUAUGCCCAACUCCACGAUAAAGGGCGUUCUGAAGAAAGCUGCACAAUCCGGUGGACAGAUAAAGAAGUUUACCCUGGAGAUCAAGGUCCUGGACCAGGCCAGUAUGAUGUGUGUGCUCUACACGGACCGGUUUCCACAGGUGAAGAUGGAAAUGGCUACAAUUUUGAGGAAGAAUUACUCUGCGUUUAGUGACGUGAAGCAUCAGUUCAACGAACAGGGCUAUGUGGAAGCUAUUCUAGCGACGAACGUUCCGAAAGAAGAGCUUGAGUCGGUUUGUACGGAGCAUGCCAUCGAGGCUGGUGCUGAAGACGUUGAAGUAAUGGACGAAGCAAACAAGCUAGUCAGAUUUUUAUGUGAUCCAACGCUGAUUGACAAAGUUAAAACCCAGUUGGAAAAACUAGGCUAUUCAAUCGAGCAUAGCGAACAUGCCUUUUUCCCGAAAAGCACCAUUAAAUUGAGUCCGGACGCAAUGGACGCUUUAGAUAAACUGAAGGAAAAAUUAAAGGCGAUAGAUGGAGUGGAAGACAUUUAUGAUAAUGUGGAAGUAGUGUAUUGAAUGCUUUUUUUCAAUUCAUUUCUUUGUUAUGCUCAAACAAUAAUAACGUGAUGUUGGUUAUAUAACAUUGUUCGAACUCCAACGACUCGACGGUAUGAUUGAACUGA